AUGGGCUCCCUGGCCACCGCGGACGAGCCGUCAUUGCCGCCGCUCAAGUACCCUCAGGCUCGCCGGGACGACGACAUUGUCGACGACUACCAUGGCGUCCUUGUGCCGGACCCCUACAGAUGGCAUCUCUCAAGCUCCUCUAGCGUGAGUUCUCCGCACAAGUGGUUGGGCCACCUACCAAAAAUAGGUGAAAAAGAAGACCAGAUCGGGGGAAGGUUUCCCUCUAUGGGCUGGGAGGCCGAGGAUGGAGGAGCUGGAUUCGAAGGAGGUGAAGGAGUUCGUGGACGCGCAGGCGGCCGUGGCCAGCGCCGUGCUGUCCACCUGCGACCACCGCGGGCGCCUGCGCGGUCAGCUCACCGCGCUGGCGCGCUCUUCGACCACCCGCGCUUCCGCGCGCCCUUCAAGCGCCGGGGCAGCUACUUCUACUUCCACAUCCCGGGCCUCCGUCCGCACAGCGCCCUCUACGUGCAGCGCGGGCUGGGCGGCGAGCCCGACGUGCUCCUGGACCCCAACACGUUCAACGAGGACGGCACGGUGUCGCUCGGCAUGGUCGGCGUGAGCGACGACGGCGAGCACCUGGCCUACGGCACCAGCGCCAGCGGCAGCGACUGGGUCACCAUCAGGGUCAUGCGCGUGCGCGACAAGGAGCACCUGCCCGAUACGCUGUCCUGGGUGAAAUUCUCGCGCAUCGCGUGGACUCGUGACGGCCGAGGUUUCUUCUACUCGCGUUUUCCGGCUCCAAGGGAAGGUGGUGGAGCGAUGGAUUCUGGGAUCAAGACUGACGUCAAUCUCAACCACGAAGUCUACUACCAUUUUCUUGGAACAGAGCAGUCACAGGACGUGUUGUGCUGGAGAGACCCUGACCAUCCCAAGUACAUAUACGUCCCUGAAGUCACAGAAGACGGCAAGUACGUGAUCCUUUCAGUUUCGGAAACGUCAGAGCCGGUGAACAAGCUCUACUACUGCGACCUCUCAGCUCUAGCUCACGGGCUGGGCGGCACGAAGAGCACCCAUGGCAACGGCAUGCUCCCCUUCGUCAAGCUCGUGGACAGAUUCGAGGCCUACUACGGACUCAUCGCCAACAACGGCACCGAGUUCACGUUCCUCACAAACAAGAACGCUCCAAGGUACAAACUGGCGAGGGUCGACGUCGACGACGAACCCGAGUCGUGGACCGACGUCGUUCCUGAACACGAGAAGGCAGUCCUGGAAUCGGCAUGCGCCGUCCAUGGCCACAAGCUGUUGGUGAACUACCUGUCGGAUGUCAAGUACGUCCUGCAGAUGAGGAGCUUGGUCACUGGGGAGUUGCUUCAUGACAUACCCAUCGACAUUGGCACUGUUAACGGGAUCUCCGGCAGACGAUCCGACUCCGAGGUGUUCAUCGAGUGCGAUGUCAGCGCUGAGAUCCCAGAGAUGGACGUAUACAGAGAAAUCUCAGUUCCGGGCUUCGAUCGAAACGAGUUUGAAGCAAAGCAGGUAUUUUAUCCGAGUAAGGAUGGAACCAAGAUCCCAAUGUUCAUCGUAUCCAAGAAGGGCAUGGACCUGGACGGCUCACACCCAGCGUUACUGUUCGGCUACGGCGGUUUCGCCAUGAGCAUGACGCCGCAAUUCAGCGUCACCCGCGUGGUCCUCAUGAGGAACCUGGGGUUCGUGACGUGCGUCGCCAACAUCAGGGGCGGCGGGGAGUACGGCGAGGACUGGCACAGGGCCGGGUCGCUCGCCAACAAGCAGAACUGCUUCGACGACUUCAUCGCCGCCGGCGAGUUCCUCGUCUCCGCGGGCUACACCAGCCCGGCGAGGCUGUGCAUCGAGGGCGGCAGCAACGGGGGGCUCAUGGUAGCUGCCUGCAUGAACCAGCGUCCUGAUCUGUUUGGCUGUGCCCUGGCCCAUGUGGGAGUGAUGGACAUGCUACGGUUCCACAAGUUCACCAUAGGUCGUGCAUGGACUUGCGACUUCGGGUGUUCGGAGAACGAGGAAGAGUUCCACUGGCUUAUCAAGUACUCUCCCCUCCACAACGUGCGGCGGCGGGAGAAGGAGAAGUGGGCGGCAGCGGCUGCCAGCGGCGCCUUGGGCGGCCAGUACCCUCCAACCAUGCUGCUGACGGCGGACCACGACGACCGCGUCGUGCCGUCGCACACGCUCAAGUUCCUCGCGACGAUGCAGCACGUCCUGCGCGCGGGCGCGGAGGGCAGCCCGCAGACGAACCCCAUCAUCGCCCGGAUCGAGCGCAACAGCAGCCACUGCUGUGGCCGCUCCACGCAGAAGAUCAUCGACGAGGCUGCGGAUCGAUACGCGUUCGCGGCGAAGGUGAUGGGAGUCCCUUGGAUCGAUUGA